CUACAUGAAACGCAAAAACACGGACUUAUCUAUCGAUACAAAACAAGCUAAAAUGAUAACCCCUCUUGAUAUAUUACCUUAUUUUCAAAAUGUACCUGUCACUAUCGGUCCUUUGGGAAAGGAUGAUUUAAAAUCAUGGCAAGAAUAUAAAUGUUUCUACCAAUCAGAUGAAGGUCGUCUAGCACGUGAGCACACUGCCAUCGUCUUUGAUGAAACUAUGUUACUACAUGAAUGUCCAUGUAAAUAUCGUGAUAAUAAAUCGACUAGUCACCCUGAGAAUCCUGAACGUUGUAUUGAAAUAAUGGGAACAUUUGAGAGUCAAGGCCUUUUACGAAAGGUUAAACGAAUACGUUCAAGGAUGGCAACAAAAGAAGAACUUGAAAGUUGUCAUCUCGGCGAUCAUGUUGCCACAUAUUUCUCCUACAAGCGAAUCUGUAUGCCAAAAAAUAAAUUAAAUUUAGAUGAAAAUUUAGAUGUGAAG